AUGAUGCAUGUAAAGAGAUUGGAGAGGUUUCUGAAGUGGAGAAUGACAAAGCAGACAGUGUUUGUUCUAUUACCAGUGACGACACAAACACUUGUUUUGAAUCCGAGACAAUCACGAGAAGCAAGAACAAAGUUGAAAGAGGAAGUUGUGGAGGUUUCUGAUGACGAAGAAGACAGUAAUGAAGACAUUUGGAAAAAGAAAAAGGAAGUUGUGAAGUCUUCUGAUGAAGACAGUGACAGUGAUUCUAUUGAAGCCUUUGAUGGUUUAAAUUUAGAAGAGAACUGUUACAGUGACAGUUCUUAUUCUACGGAUAGCGAAGAAGACGCAGCCACUUAUGCAAAACCAAAGGUGACAAAUCCAAAGAAUGAAAGGUAA